AGGCCACGCCCCGCACGGUCGUUUCAGGCUCUGCAAUCGGAUGUAGAGUUAAUCGCUCUAGCCAGGCUGCAAAAUCGAUCUCCGCUCUUCCUGAGACCCGGGCCUGACGAUGGCGGAGAAGACUCAAAAGAGCGUGAAGAUUGCUCCUGGAGCAGUCGUGUGUGUAGAAAGUGAAAUCAGAGGAGAUGUAACCAUAGGCCCCAGGACGGUGAUCCACCCUAAAGCACGAAUUAUUGCGGAAGCCGGGCCAAUAAUUAUCGGUGAAGGAAACCUAAUAGAAGAGCAGGCCCUCAUCAUAAAUGCUCAUCCGGACAACAUCAUCGCAGACCCUGAAGAUGCAGAACCCAAACCGAUGAUUAUUGGCACCAACAACGUGUUUGAAGUCGGCUGUCAUUCCCAAGCCAUGAAAAUGGGAGACAAUAAUGUCAUUGAGUCAAAAGCAUACGUAGGCAGGAAUGUCAUCCUGACCAGUGGUUGCAUCAUUGGGGCUUGCUGCAGCCUGAACACCUUUGAAGCCAUCCCUGAGAACACAGUGAUCUACGGCUCAGACUGCCUGCGGCGGGUGCAGACAGAGCGGCCACAGCCCCAGACACUACAGCUGGAUUUCUUGAUGAAGAUCUUGCCCAAUUACCACCACCUGAAGAAGACAGUGAAAGGCAGCUCGACCCCAGUUAAGAACUGAGAGAUGUCAGGGCACUCCAUCUCUGCCGGCUCGUCAGAGGGCCCGGUGUUAGCGUCAUACUGACGUUCCAUCGGAGACGUGAGAUGGAGAGAGGUGGGUCCCUUGUCACUACCGCUAUAAUUUAUAUGGACUGUAUUCUUUCCCUGUCCUUGUUCUGGUAACGUAUAGACUCAGUUUUUCUUUUGUUACACAAAAUAAUAGCCAUGCAUUUAUUAUGUAAAAGACUACCCAUGAUAACAUGUCAUAUGUGUUUAUAUUCUAAUGUAACCAAAUGCCACAACUAAAUAAAAGUUUGGCUGCUUGCAUUAACCUUCCCUAA